GAACAGUUGCCUUUUCCUCUUACACAAAGGAGAGUUCGUUUUGUUUGAGACUGGAUACAACUAAAGCCGAAUCACCUGCAAAAGACAGACUAUGUUGGCUAAGAAGCCCCCAAAACCAGCCCCGCGCAAGAUCUUCCAGGAAAGGUUAAAGAUUACAGCUCUACCCUUGUACUUCGAGGGUUUUUUAUUAGUCAAGCGUUCAGCAGACCAGGAGUAUAAACAUUACUGGACAGAGCUGAGAGGAACUACACUUUUCUUUUAUAGAGACAAAAAAAGUACAACAUAUGUUGACAAAUUAGACUUACUAGAACUCACAUGUCUUAGUAACCAGAAUUCAACUGAAAAGAACUGUGCAAAAUUCACUCUUGUUUUGCCAAAAGAGGAAGUACAGGUAAAGACAGAGAACACUGAAAGUGGGGAAGAGUGGAGAGGCUUUAUUCUUACAGUAACAGAGCUAUCAGUUCCUCAACAUGUAUCACUCCUGCCUGGGCAAGUAAUUAGACUGCAUGAAGUCCUGGAGAAAGAAAACAGAAGGAGGCUUGAGACAGAGCAGCUGCCGAGUAUGUCUGCGCAAAAAGAGAAGGAGCUAAUUGAUGAUUAUGACGAUGUACUGAACACUAUGCCAGCUUGUUUUUACAUGGUUUCCCGGAAAGAGGCUACCGAGAUGCUGGAGAAGAAUCCUUCCUGGGGCAACAUGAUCCUGAGGCCUGGCAGUGACAGCAGAAACUACUCCAUCACCAUCCGGCAGGAGCUCGACAUGCCAAAAAUCAAGCACUAUAAAGUGAUGAGCUUAGGAAAAAACUACACUAUUGAGCUGGAAAAACCUGUAACACUUCCAAACCUUUUCAGUGUCAUCGAUUACUUUGUGAAGGAGACUCGAGGAAACUUGAGACCGUUUAUAUACUCAGCUGCUAAGAGCCUUGGUAUGUUCUUCCCUUCACUGCUGUGCUGGAACUGCCUCCCCCUCCCCUGCCAAUCUAAACAGGUCUCAUAA